GGCAAAAGGUUGCGUGCUGCUUCCCCUCUUCCAGCACUUAUUUCCUCCAAAGUUCCCCCUUAUGAAACUGCUGUUUUCUUAUACACAUUUGUCAUGUUUAGACAAGCCCUCUAGCCUAGGGUUACCAGACAUCCCCGGUUCCUGGGGACAGUCCCUGGAUUUGCAAAUCUGUCCCCGGGAAACGUGGCAGCGGCAGCCUCAGCAGCCCAGAGCCAGCCUGGUAGCGCAGUUGAUUCUGGCUGGCUUCAGGAGCUGCUCGCUGCCGUGGUGCCCGCCAUUUUUCCUUGCUGGAAGUCCCCAUAUGAUGUGUCUUGUGUGCCACCGCCACUGCUGAAGGAGAACCGGGGACAUCCGACAGUACAGAUCUCCUUCCCCCUUUGUUUUGACUGAUGGGGGAGGCUUGGGAGUUGUGGGCGGCUGGCUGUUGCCCAGUUUUUUAAAAACUGCGCAUUUAUGUUACACAGGGUGCGAAAGAAGGGCUUUGCACCUUUAUACAAUAUGCAUGUGUGCUUGGGCCCAGGGUCUUUUGCCUCACCAUCCCCACUACUGACUCCUUGUUGCUACUCAGCUUAAAAAAAAAAAAAGUGUCCCCGAAUUCAUUGAAAAGAAUCUGGUAACCAUACUCUAGCCUCCUUUCUCGCUGGCAUGCUAACUUUCUACUUGCAGUGAGUUUUUUGUUGGGGGAGGGGGUUAGAAUUCAACGUGUAUCCUUCCACCUACUUUUCUGAAAUGGCACACUCUAAGCAGCUGAGAGAAGGGGGAAGAGUAGAGACACACAACUCUACAGGAAAUGCAAUGGGGACAACCCGGGUCAACAUCCAGACCCUUCUUUGCCUAAGUGGCUAUAUCCUACCUUUCAACUAAAUAAUUAUUUAAAGGGAGAGCAGCGACCCUGCUCAAAAAUGUGUGUAGAGGAAUAUUUACAUUAGUUUUGCAGCUGCCUGCUGCAGUGUAAAACUCAGUGGUGACUCAUUAGCUGUUGCUGUGAUUCAGCGAGAUGGGAAUAAACCAGGAAGAAAAACAACCUUGAUGUAUGAGAGAUGACAAUGAGUGUCAAAUGCAGGCCCAUGCCAUUGAGACAGUCUUUCCUUUUUAAAACCUGUUUUCUCCACCCUUGUUUUAAAGCAGAAUCUUCUCUAUCUCCAAAGUGAACACAAGGGUCCUUCUUCUUAUGGGUGCACCUCUUCCAAGUUAAGGGUGCUUUAUGACAGUCAUGCCAGCGGCUGUAGUACUUCCACUGAUGAGAGGCUUGCUAAAAUUGUGCUCCUGGUUUCUAUCCAAGCCCCUUAGGACUGUGCCGUUCCUUGUGCUCUUUGCUGCUGGUGGGAGGGGGGAGAGAAACAGCAGGAUCAGUCCAGAUGACACAGCAACUGUUGCACAAGACCAACUACAGUGGUGCCAAACCUCAAUGCUAGGAGGUACACAGGAUGCUGCCUUUUGCCAGGUCACACUGUUUGCAUAGCUAGCUGAGUAUUGCCUAUGGCAGGAGUUGCCAACCUUUUUUCAACCUCUGGGAACAUUUCAAACUGGAGAAACUGUUGUGGGCACACACCACAACCUAUUAUAUUGGCUGCAAUCAAAUGCUGUCUUCAAGUCUAAUUUCAACAGGGGAAAAGGUUAUUGUAGAUGCACUCAGUCAUCACAUAGGGGGCCCCUGGUCUACUCUUGACUGGCAAUAGCUCCCCAGAGUUUCAAGUAGAUGUCUGAUCUUUAACAGGAAAUGAAACAAAACAUACUAGAAAAUGCACCUAGGAACUUCUGCCUGCAAAGAACACAUUCUGCUGUUGAGUUAUGGCCCCUCUCAAAACUUUUCCUUUGUGAUACCUCCUGUUUUGGCACAAGCACUGCAUGGGAAGCUGUUGUCAGCAUGUAACCCAAUACCUUACCCAGUUGGAAAUCCUCAGUUCUUCCAGGCUUCUUCUAUGGAGGCCUCAGCCUUCCAAAGGAAACGACUGGAAUGUGCUCCAUACACCAUUUUGUAAGUGGAGACAAGCCUCCAUUUUGAGCUGUUAGCAAUAAGAAGGCCACACAGAGGGAGUCCAAAUCUAGGUUCAGUUAAGAGUAGUGGAAUGUCUGCCAAGAUACGAAUGCAUUUAAGGUUCUCAGAUUUUGUUUGGCAUUAGAUUCCAGAGUAUUACCAAGCAGUAUUUCCGGAGAGUGGAUGGCAUCCUGGUCAUGUAUGACGUCACAGCAGAGUGCUCCUUCAUGGCGGUCCGAAACUGGAUGAGUUGUAUCCAGGUCAGAAUAAACUUGGAAGGGAACACAGAUAACUUGGUCUUUACUGUCCAUACCUCCUUUUUUUGAUACUGCGGUACUAGCAAAUGGUGUCUGUGUGUGGACACACCCCAUUCAAGCCACCCAGAGGAAGAAAGUAUGGUCCUCCUUACAGCAACAGUCUGGCCCAAGGAGUCUUGAUAAGAGGGCAACAAAUUUGUGGUGGUGAGAGCUGGAAAUCUUGUGGAGCUUUAGGGCAGAGGGAGCAUGUGCAGUUAGCCUAUUCGUCUACCUGGAGAAAGGUGUAGGAGGAAUCCCUGUUGGCUCUAACCUGAGUAAAGGAGAGAGCUAAUUGAGAAAGAAAAGGGUGCUAGCAAAAUAAUCUUUCCUUAAAUUGAGCCUUUUCUGCUUGGCAGGUAGCCUAACCUUAACAAUACUCAGGUAUUGACUUUAAUUAUAGUUGAAGCAUGCCAAAAAAUAUUGAGGCAAAGCAUUAACUUGACUCUUCUUUAAAUAAAAAAUAUGAUAGGUUUAUCCCCAAUGUCCCUUAUUCAGAACAUGCAAAUUAUUCAGAUCCCUAAGAGCACAAAUCGGAUUGAACCACCUUAAUAUUUCUUCUCAAAAUGAAAGGCACUAUGUAAGUUAUUCUAAUAAUCAUAAUCUUUAUGGAUCACCAUUUAACUAGGUUCUAGAACCAUGCUUAGCUAUUGUCUAAACUGACAAUGGUCAGGUGUUCUCUAAGUACCCUUAUACUUGAGUGCAGGAAUUAGCCUCUCCUUAAUUAUGAGCACACGCUUCAUUGAGCAAUGUCUUAUGUCUUCUUUUCUUCAGGAUGGAAUGGAAGAUGGUGCAGUGAUAUUUCUUGUUGGAAACAAAAUGGAUACAGCAGACAAAGAGGAACCCAAAGUCCCCAGGGCUGAGGGGGAAAGGCUGGCAAAGGUCUGGUUCUCUGUAUCUCCCUUUCCUCCUUACACCAAUCUCCUUCACUGCUAACAAACUUUAUGGCAUCUUCCAUAACUGAUGAUAAUAUUUGGAAAUACUUAAGGGAGUUGUUCUGAGCAUGAAAAUAUUUUCUAGGAUGGUUCUAUACAGAAGGAAGUGAAUAAAUAUUUCAAAGCCUUGGGAAAAGUCGAUCAUAAGGCAUCACUUUGGAAGCCAGUCUCCUUGCAAUCUCAGAGUAAACCUGUUAGGGUUAAGCGUUGGUGACACUGGGAGGUAAAUUAAUGUGUUUUACAGACAUAACAGGACAGUAUGAGAAUCAGGUAUGUGAGAAGUAGGGACCUGGAGGAAAAUUCAUGCUGCUCAGGGAUGUGUGUGAAUUACCUCUGUGCCUCAAGCAUUCCUGCGCAAACAUUCUUCCAGUAAACUUAUUCAAACCUUAGAAUGUUACCUUGGGCUUUUGAAGGUUUUGUGAAUGGCCCCCAACAAAAAGAACUCAAUGUGAGUGAGCUUUGACUCACAUAAAUUAGGUACCUCAUUGAAAAUUAGAUAGCAAGGAACCUUUAAGAAGACAGAGUAUCUUCAGUGUUCAGGAAGGUUAACCUUGAAUAUAUUAAUGGGUAUAGCAAGAAAGGGGGGAAAUGUUAUUCCAGUGGCAGACUCUGACAAUUGUUGAUUGAAGUUACUUUCUGCCUUCUUUCCCUCUUUUUGCAGGAAUAUAAAGCUGUCUUCUAUGAGUGCAGUGCAAGGACUGGCUAUAACAUUCAGGAGCCCAUGCUGCACAUGGCAAGGUCUGUGCAAACAGUUCCCAUAAAACUGGAAAAAGAGCAGAAGCCACUCAUCCAGUUGCAGCAAAGUUGCUAGGCUUGGUCCUGGUUAAGCAGCAACAGAUGACAAAACAUAGCAGUGUGUUGGUUCCAGUUAAACAGUAAGAGUCCAGUGGGCGGAGAUAACUUCUUCCUCCGUGUUUUGCAGUUGCCUUGUGUGCUUUCAGCACUGCCACACUGCAAAUGUUAGUUAAACUCCAUUUAUCACAGGGUGGAUACUACGUAGGAUUAUAUAUUAAAGACUGCAAGAUGCUCAGAUACCAUACAGCAGGGCUGGGGAACAUGUGGCUCUCAAGAUGCUGUUGGAUCCCAUCAGCCCCAGCCAGCAUGGCCAAUGGUCAGGAACAAUGGGAGCUGGGGGUCCAGUAACAUCUAGAGGCCUUCAGGUUAACAACUCCUGCCACAGAGCUUCACCACCACAAUCUCACAAGGCAGAAUGUUAGCACUUCAUUUUAGUGUUUGGGGAAUGGAAGGUUUGUGGGGGAGGUCUAUGGCCAAUGUAAUGAUUACAUAAGUUCUUAAUUCUUUGCUAAGGUUCUGUCUCUUGUUUUUCCCUUGGGAGUUCCUGACAGGAGCAGAUCUAUGCUGGAGAUCUGUUCUGUUGGAAGUGCUGCCUUCCCCUGCCACUGCUGCCACUCCCACUCCCACUGCCACCACAAUACCGGCUGCUGCCACCAUUGCCUGCACAGCCCACUCUGCUGCCACUGCAUACCCUACCACAUCUGGCACUAGUGGAGAAGCAGCAGCACCAUUGGUGCUGAUUCAGUGAGAUCUCACCGAAAAUCGUGUGAGAUCUUGUAUACUCCACAAGAUCUUGCGUGUUUUCAGGCAAGAUCUUGCCAGUGUCUGAAAUUGACACUGAUGGCGGAAGCACUUCUCCGCUGCUGGCAGAGGCGGCAGGCAGGCAGGGUGCAUGGGGGGGUUGCCUCAGGGGGCUGCUGCUGCCUGAGGUAGCACCCUCACCCUGUCUACUGGCUGAGCCAGCUCUGCCUGUUGGGUUAACUUGCAGAUUCCCCAGAAAGGUCAGUUUCUCUCAGCAGAUAUCACAUAUUAACUCAUAAGCCAGUUUGAGAAUACUUGAAUUCAAGAUGAUGUGCAGUCCAAACAAAUACAUGCACACUCUGAAGUAUGUCCCAUUAAGUUCAGGAGGAAUUGCUCCCAAAUAAGUUGCGAAAGAUGCACUUUGAUUUGAAUUUGAUAAUCAUGUUGCCUUGGAUGCUUUAAGGUACACUGGAAGUCUCUGAAGGAGCAGUGAGCUUAGUCUGGCUUUUUGGAUUGUCCGUGUGAUGCGAGAGUACUCAUCCUUUCAUGCUGAGAUAAUGUAUGCUUCUUCCUCCCUCAAUUUGAGAUUAGUGCCAAGAUUUGUCUGUCUCUUACUUAACUCCUUCCCUUCUGUGCUGACCUCCUAUUUUGUGUGUGUUGCAGACUCCUGACAGCACAUGAGGACAAGCAGAGAGAGCAGGCAUUGCACCUGGAGGAGUACAACAAGAGGAAGGGAUGCUGUUUGUAACAGAAUCGUUCAGGGAUAUGUUAGAAAAUAAAGAACAGCCUAAAGCACAGAGUUGGCUGCCUCCCUGCAAGAAGAUAGGGAUAACUGUGAUUGAACUGAAGGAAGAUUCAAGGUUUUUUUUUUAAAAAAGAAAAGAGUGCUGUAUCAAAGUGACAUGACAUCUUUUGCAGCUGCAAAUCGCUCCUGAUAUUUCUGCAAUGCUUCAGGGAAGUGCUUCAAAUCACAGCUCAUAGAUCCAGCAUUAUUGGCUUACCUAUAAAACCAUCCAAGCUACUUCACAGGGUCUCAAGACUACACUCAGAAACAAUGUGAUUUAUGCAAGUGUAAGUUAUUGCAAUGGAGUCGUGCAACAAUAAAGUGAUAAUGACUUGACUGGAGUGGAGUGGUACCAGCUUUCUGCUAUAGUCUCACUGCACCAAAAGCAUCAAUUCCUUGCCUUCAUCUUCCCUUCUCUUCCUGGUUCUGCCUGAAGCACUUCCCUCCUGCAUGGCAGGGCUACCUCUGGAGAUGAUCGUAAGUCAUGAGCUCAGGAACAUGAGAAGAGCCUUCUGGAUCAGGUCUGGUGAGGCAUGCUGUUCUCACAGUGACCAACUAGACAGACCCCCGUGGAAAACAUCCAGGCAGGGCAUGAGUACAACAGCACUCUGCCCACAUGGGAUUCUAGCAACUGGUAUGCAGUGGCAUAAUGCCUCUGACCGUGGAGGUAGAACCUAGCCAUCAUGGCUAGUAGCCAUAGAUGCCUUAUUCUCUAUUAAUUUGCCAAAUUCUUUUUUAAAGCCAUCCAAGUUGGUAGCCAUCGCUACCUCCUGUGGGAGCUUACCAAUAGGAUACCUGCGUAUUGUGAAUGGUUUCCUGCCCAGCUACAUGUGUUAAUACAAUCAUCUCAGUAAUUAUCACCACUCCGCUGUGUGUGCCUGUUGUGUUUAAGCUGUAAUUCUCACCGACUGCGGUUUGCAGCUCACUGCUGUUCAACUUCCACCCUACAUUUUUCUCAUUUAUUUAUUUAAGAUUUCACUUCAUACACCCAACAAAGGGUGCUUGAGUCCACAAAAGCAUACACUAGUGAUGGG